AUGUCGAAUAUCAUUACUCUCAGUUCGCAGCAUAUAGUAUCUAAUUCAUAUAACAACACGCUUAGAUAUGAAUUUCCUGGCAGCAGCGUUAAUUUUACUAACAGCGAAUUGGCUAUUCAUUCAAUCAACAUGUACAACAGUCAAUUCAAUAUCGAUUCGGGAGCUUAUGGAAAUAAUACCUUCAAACUUCAGAUGCCGAGUGGAAACACCUAUAGCACAGUUCAGAUCACACUCCCAAGCGGAUAUCACUCCUACAGUGCAAUCAACUCAGCCGUGCAAUCAGCCAUGAUCAGCGCAGGAGCAUAUCUGAUCAAUUCGGAUGGAGACAACGUCUUUUAUGCGAAUCUCUCUGAAAACCCAACGUACUAUAGCUGCCAAGUUGAUCUAUCGCCGGUUCCGACGAGUAUUCCAGCGGGAUGGACACGCCCGCCGAGUGGUUUCUACUCUAGCGGCGGAACCGGUCUGCCGCUUGGAUUCUCGUAUGUCCCCAAGCUCGUUAUCGAUAACAAGGAGUUUGGCAAAAUCAUCGGUUUCCCACUGGGAACGACCCCCAGUCAGAGUCUAUACACGCUCCAGUCUGUGUUAUCUCCGAUUCCGCCUCAGAUCAAUCCUGUCAGCUCAUAUCAGCUACGGUGCUCUUUAGUAUCAAAUCCAUUUUGCAUUCCAGAUGAUAUUCUCACUACUUUCAACACGGCAGGAACGACUAUCGGUCAGCUAGUAAGCUACCAGCCAAACGGGUUUUGCUGGGUUGAUGUUCCCAACGGAUCAUAUGCUAGCAUCACGCUAACUAUCGUUGAUCAAGAGGGACGAUUCGCGAAGCUCAACGACACGAAUAUGCUUAUCAGUCUGAUCGUCCGGCAAAAGAGGUCAUAG